AUGAACAAAUCAACUAUACAACAAUGGGUUAAUGAUGCUACUACUACAUUAUCACAAGCUCAAUCCAUAGGAAACAAUGCUAAUACUUAUUUAAAUAAUACUAAAUCAAUAUUAUCUCAGAAUAACAUUGUGUUAAAUAAUUCAAAUUUUAUAUUGGAUAGUUCAAUACAAUUAUUAAAUUUAUUAAAAUUGAUAACCAAUUCCAUUGAAUUAAAACAAGAUGAUCUAGAAAAUGAUAUACAAUUACUGGAGAAUGAAUUGAAUAACAAUAUAUCAUUUUUAAAUAAUGAAUUCAAGAAACUAUCACAUAUAAAAAUCGAUUCAAAUUUAUUACAUGAUACUACUACUACUCCCACACUAUAUGAUUUCAUAUCAAAUAAUAUUCAAGAUUCAUUAUCAAUUUUACAACAAAAAUUAACUCAUGCAACUCAUAAAACUCAAAUAUCAACUCAAACCAAAAAAUUAACAACAACUUUAUCAAAUUUUAAUGAUUCAUUCAAUAACUUGGAUUCAAUUUUUAAUAAAAUUAAUGAUGAAAAUUCCACAUUAAUAUCAAAUUUAAUCCAUGAAAAUAAUUUAAUAGAAUCAGAUAUUGCUAUAUCAUUAGAAUCAAUAACUAAUCAUUAUGAUCAAUGUAAUAAAGCAUUGGGAUUAAUUGAUUCAAAUGAAGAUCAUCAAGAUUUCUUCAAAGUUUUAGAAAAUGAUUCAAUUGAAGUUUUUGAAGUUUUGAAUGACCUAAAUGGUUUAUUUGAUGAUUUAAAAGAAAAUUGUAAUAAGAUUAAUGGAUUUUAUCAAAAUUUAAAAGGAAAUUAUGACAAAUUGAUUAAUUUUAUUAAAGACAUAACUCAAUUUCAAAUUGAACUUGAAAAAAAAUUGGAAUUAAUUGAAUCAAUUAUUUGGGAUUUUAAAGAAUUAGAAAAUGAUAUAAAGACCAAAUGUAAAGAAUCUGAAAUCUUUAUCCAAUAUAUUAAUCAAUACACCCAGGCUUAUUAUAAAUUAAUCCUAGAAAUUAAUAGACAAAACCAAUCACAAACUUAUAUAAAUAAUAUAAUCAUGGAAACUCAGAAAAAGUUAAAAAAUUUACAAAAUGAUGAUUAUCAAAAAAAACAAGAGUUUAAUAGAGAGUAUAAUAAAUUUUUACCUUUGGAAUUAAGACUCCAGGGUAUUGAUAAACCUUUAUAUGAUUUACAAUUUGAAUUACAAGAUAUUAUGAAAUUAAGUGAAUCAAGUGUAUUGAAUGCUAGACAAAAACUUGAAAAAUAA